UUGUGAUUAUAAUUCCCAUUAUUCCAACAGUACCGUUAUUCCUGCUUUUGGCAACCUCCUUUUGGAAGCCAUGUGUGGAAUACAGUCUUCCCAAAGAAGAUGAGAACAGGCUGGAUAAAAAACUGGUGACCUCUUCCCAAAGAAUUUCUCAUGAAGAUGUCCCGAUGUCCAGGAUGAGUCAAAAGGAAGAUCUGCAGAAGUUGCAGGCCAGCAACCUUUUUUUUGACCCAGGUAGCAUUAAAAAGGAAGAGGAAGCCAUCCCUUUUGACCAGACACAAGAUAAUGAAGGCAAAAGUUAUGUGUCUGAGGUAAAAAAUGAAGACCGUCAGUGGAAAUCUGAGGAAGAGGAAGCGCACAAAGGAGCAGCCGAAGAGAAUGUUGUGCGCGGAGAACCCGGGAAAGGUGCCCAAGAACUGUGGAGACAUGGGGGGAACUCUUUGGAAAGAAAGAUUGCAGCGAACUGCAUUUCCUCCUGGGGAAAUGAAAUCCCCAGCCAGGAGGGACUCCGCAAACGCAAACAGGACAAGAGUCCGCUCUGCGGCGCAGUUCAAGACGAGCAGGCCGUGUACCAGUGCUUGUACUGUAAGAAGUCCUUCAACGCCCACUUUAAAUUGAUUAGACACCACCGGAUCCACACGGGGGAGAAACCGUACAAGUGUUUGGAUUGCGGCAAGAGCUUUGACCAAAAGGGCAACCUGAUUGCCCACGCGAGAAUCCACACAGGGGAAAAACCAUUCGCGUGCCCCGAUUGCGGGAAAAACUUCAGCCACAAAGGAAGCCUAGUUUUGCACGUCAGAACUCACACGGGAGAGAAACCAUACAAAUGCCCGGAUUGUGGGAAAAGAUUCAGCCGUUCCGGGUCCCUGAAAGAACACGAGAAAACCCACACGGGCGAGAGACCGUACACUUGCUUGGAUUGCGGGCGGAGUUUCCGAAAGAACUCUGAGCUGGCCAUCCAUUACAGGUUUCACACGGGCGAGAAGCCGUAUAAAUGUUCAGGCUGUGAGAAAUCCUUCAGCACCAGCUCUAACCUUAUUGCCCAUCAAAGGACGCACACGGGGGAGAAACCGUACAGAUGUUGUGACUGUGGGAAAGGGUUCAGCCAGGCCGGAAAUCUGAAGGAACACGAGAGGACUCACACCGGAGAGAAGCCGUAUAAAUGUCCAGACUGUGGCAAACGCUUCCGGCAAAUGUCGUACUUUAUGAAGCAUCACCAGACUCACCUUCCAGAAGGGAAGAUGCCAAUGGAGGAGAAACCCUAUAAAUGCUCGGACUGCGGGAAAGGUUUCGGUGAGAAAGCAAGCCUUGGGAGACAUGAAAGAAUCCACACUGGAGAGAAACCGUUUCAAUGCUCCGAUUGCGGGAAAAGCUUCUGCCUCAAAUCAAACCUGGUGGUCCACGUGAGAAUCCACACCAGAGAGAAACCAUACAAAUGUUCGGAGUGUGAGAAGAGCUUCAACCAGACGUCAAGCCUUCAUAAUCACGAGAGGACCCACAAGGGCGAGGAACCGUACAAGUGUUCAGAGUGUGGGAAAAGCUUCAACAGGCCGUCGCAGCUGAAGACCCACGAGAGAAUCCACACCGGAGAGAAACCCUUUACGUGCUCAGAAUGUGGGAAAGGCUUUGUUUACAGUCACCAUCUUGUUAGACACCAGAGGAAUCACACGGAAGAGAAACCUUACAUAUGCUGCCAGUGUGGAAAGGGGUUUAGCCACAAAUCCACCCUUAUUAGGCAUCAGGGCAUCCAUAAAGAAGGGAAAAAAUAGAUACGUUUUAGGCUGCAUCUGGCGCAUGUGUGAAAACUCAUGCAGAAGUCAGAAUACAGCCAUAAAGAGAUCCAGGAGAGCAGUGGCACUUAGACAUAUAUACUGCUGCACAAUACU